AUGACUGACAACAAAAGGAUUCCUGACAGCAUUGGAGCAUGCAGCACCAAGCUAGGAGGCGAGGAUGCGACCGCUGGUUCCUGGGAGUGCCACGUGUGCCAGAAGACUUUGUGCUCCAGAUGGUACCUCCGUGCUCACAUGAGGAUGCACUCGGGCACAGAGUCGCAUGCUUGUACCAUGUGUGGCAAAAAAUUCGCUGUGAAAGGGUCUUUAGUUAUGCACCUUCGUGCACACACUGGUGAAAAGCCCCACAAGUGUUCUCUGUGCCCUGCGGCAUUUGCAAACAGAACCAAUCUGAACAACCACGUCUUGAUUCAUAGCGGGGAGAGACCAUACGUGUGUGAAGAAUGCGGUCAGGCAUUUAGUGCGCGAUCGCAUCUUGUGACUCACACCCGUACGCACACUGGCGAGCAGCCUUGGGCCUGUGAAGAGUGCGGCAAGGGGUUCUCCGCCCGGUCCAACCUGGUGCGCCACUUGCGGUUGCACAGCAGAGAACGACCUUAUGUCUGCCACUUGUGCCCAACAACUUUCUCGCAAAAGGGUCACCUCACCACUCAUAUCCGUGCGCACACGGAAGAAAAACUGCACGAAUGCCGCCUUUGUCUGAAGAAAUUUGCUCGGCAUGAGAAUGUUAUUAGCCACAUGCACAGGGCACACUAUGCAGAGAAUCCCAGUGCAGAGACGGUGCUGCAGACUGAGUGCCUAGGGACACCUUGGACGUUGCCAACUUCGCCCCGGCCUCAGUCGCUGCCCUCAGCGAUCCUGCUGGGCCCAAGCUGCGCCUUCGCGUCCAUCGCUGUUGUACCGAGCCUGGGCUUCGCCCAGCUGCCAUUGCUGCCAUACAUGUUGUGGUGCCUCCUUGCAAGGUACAAAUCUCUGCUGAAGAUGCGAAUCAUAGAGCUGCUUGUGCAUCUCCAACCAGGCAACAUUGGGCUCAACAGACCAUUGUGCAGAGAGCAGGGCAAGCUGCAGCUCACUGUCGACACCGAGCAGACAGUUCAGAUCAUUCUCGUCAAAACAGCUCGAGAAGACUUCGUCGCAAAGACCCUGUAG